AUGGCCCGCUCACGGGGAGGAUGCCUGAAUUGUAAAGCGCGGAAGCGAAAAUGCGACCAAGGACGUCCAGAAUGUCAGGCUUGUUCCCAAAGAGGCAUGAGAUGCCAGGGCUACUCUACGCCAUUGAGAUGGGUGAAUGGUGUUGCGUCUAGAGGACGCUUUGCUGGAGCUUCCAUCCCCGACGCGUCAUUCGUUCCGCCUCCCACGCUUCCUUGUCCUCAGCAACAACAACAGCAACCCCAGUAUCCUCAUAGCGCUGCUGGCAGUAAUCCAGAUAUGUCAAUUGACUCUGAGAAUUCCCUCUCUGGCGUUACAUCGAACCACGACCCAUCCAGUACAGAGUCGUCGGCAUUUUCGCCCCGAAUCAUGCGCAAUGGGCUCAAUCACUUGUACACGACGGAAGCGAGUUCCUGGGUCAAGCCCUUCUUCGAGGAGAUGGCGCUCCAGAGCCCGGCCCUUGUCAUGAUCGCUGGCGCCAUCCAGGGCUACAUGGAUGAUGGCAUGUCGGUCAAAUCCAUGGAGUACGUCGACUUGGCUCUGCAGACGUUUCGUAAGGAGCUUGAUGCCCGGUACGAGAAGUUCCAUGUCGCAACCGUGUGUGCUGGGUUGCUCGUCUGUUCCUUAUGUUUACUUCAAGCAAAAGAAUGGACCAUGUACCUCGAACUCAUGGUCAACAUCUACGACUUGCGAAACAAGUUGAAAGCCCCAGGUCAAAUCCCCAUUGACAAUCUCUAUCAUCAGCACAUCCUUGAAGUCCUGGGUGUCAUGGACCUUCCCUCCAUGGUCAUUGGUAGAGCCAAACCAUCCAUCGGUGUCUGGAAGCUCCUUCGUCGCCUCCAAGCGGAUACUAACAGCGGUCGAGUUGAUGGCAUCGAAGUCGUAUCGGGUGUCCCACGAUCGUUACUAGACAUAUUCGCAGGAAUCAUCGACAACGAUCCAGAGUAUACUGAGAAUCGCUUUUGGACAUGGCCCGGCGACAUAGGUGAGUCCCUACGCGUGCACCUCUGGGAAUCAUGGAGGUUGGCCGGUAUCCUUGAAGUGCGUCGUCGUCAAAGAAUGGAGCGAAAGGCAAGGGGCAUUCCAGAACGGGAUGAUGAAACACCCAAGAACUUUCCCAGCACAGAAGUUGUGCUUUGCCGGCUCAUUGCUGCAAUAGAUGCUCUUCUGAAAGCCUAUGAGGAACCUCGCAAUCAACAUUUAUUAGUACACAACGGCUUGACGUAUCCUGUCAUAAAUGCCGGUCUAGAGGUUCCGCUACUAAAACUGAAUCCUACGUGGAAACGGACGGUAGAAGAUGUGAAAAGAUCUUUCGCAACUGAGACUGUUGACUUGAUCAAGGCGAUGUUUGAGUUGAUCGACGAAGCGUGGAAAGACGGGACAUCGACGUUCGACAUUGAGAAGGCGGCGCGGGAAAGGGAUAUUGAACUUGCUAUUUUUUAA